AACGUGUCUUUACUAUUGCAAUUUUGAAUAAUUGAAUAUGUUGAAUAUUUUCGUUUCAUUGUUGUCUACCACGUCUGCUGUUGAUUGCUUUGUGGCUAAUUGGUACCACAACAUAAGUACAUAAAGGCACGCGGGCACGCCAACAAACAAGGUGCUUCGCUGUCGGACCUGCGUGCCUGUCGUUUUUGUGACAGUCUGUGCUCGCCAUGAAUUCCUUAAACAGUCAUCCGGUUUUGAUGAAUGUUUCUCAGCACCAAGUCGUUCAGCCGGUGGAUAAGGAGAAAAUAUUUCAGUGGAUCAUAGAACUUUCAAAUCCGGAGAGCCGUGAAAAUGCAUUGUUGGAGCUCAGCAAAAAGCGUGAAGUUGUCCCUGACCUGGCACCUAUGCUUUGGAAUUCCUUUGGCACAAUUGCUGCUCUGUUACAAGAAAUAAUUAAUAUCUACCCCGCUAUCAAUCCUCCGACACUGACGGCCCACCAGUCCAACAGGGUAUGCAAUGCACUCGCCUUGUUACAGUGUGUGGCUUCGCAUCCUGACACAAGAACCCAUUUCCUGAAGGCCAACAUACCUUUGUUCCUCUAUCCUUUCCUACACACUGUUAGCAAGACUAGACCAUUUGAGUACCUACGGCUGACAAGUCUAGGCGUUAUCGGGGCCUUGGUCAAGACUGAUGAGCAGGAAGUGAUAAACUUCUUGCUGUCAACUGAGAUCAUUCCAUUGUGUCUGAGGAUCAUGGAAUCUGGCAGUGAGCUCUCAAAGACUGUUGCCACGUUUAUUCUGCAGAAGAUAUUGGUAGAUGAAACUGGGCUGUCCUACAUCUGCCAGACCUAUGAGAGGUUUUCCCAUGUAGCCAUGAUUUUGGGUAAGAUGGUUCUCUCGCUGGCAAAGGAACAGACGGCUCGUCUCUUGAAGCACGUUGUCAGGUGCUACCUGAGGCUUUCGGACAAUCCCAGGGCGAGAGAAGCCCUUCGCCAGUGUUUGCCCGACCAGCUGAAAGACAACACGUUUGCAAGCUGCCUGCAGGAUGACAAGUCCACCACUCAUUGGCUUGCCCAGCUCCUCAAAAACCUGGAGACAGUCAACGACCCCCGUCUCACCUACCAGGGGGCACCACAGUAGAAUCAUUUUUUAUGAGAGUCCUUCAUCGAGUGUUUUCUGUGAGCGUUGGAAAAUAUGCUCAGAACAUAUCUUCAUACUCAGUUUGUUUUGCGAAAAAUUGUCAAACUCAUGGAGUCUGUACAAAAACUGCUGCAACUACGAGUGACAAAAUGUUGCUGAGCAAUAAACUGUUCCAUAUUACAAAACUCAA